UUUUUAGCAUCUAAACCGAGGUUCCUUGUUUACAGUGUGUGAUAUAUUUAGCUUUUACUAAGUCUCAGGAAAACGUAGAAGUUGCAUUAAAUUAAUUUACAUAUUAAAGCAUAUUAUUCCGGAUUGAAUUGGCCACUGUUUUCAAUAUGUAAACUUUGAAACAAUGGAAAUUCAUGCUUGCAUAUUUGUUGUGAUUUAUUUGAUGGUGUGUGUGACAUACGUUUUGGGUUGCAGUCAAGGGUGGUAUGGAGAAGGUUGCAAAUUUCAGUGUCCAACUAACUGCUUAGGAAAUGUCUGUGAUGCAACACAGGGCAUAUGUAAGAAUUGUACCGACGGAUGGACAGGAAACUAUUGCGACCAGUCAUGUGCCCUAGGGACGUAUGGCAGAGACUGUAAACAAGUGUGUGAAGGUCACUGUAAGGAUGGCUGCAAUCACGUGACCGGAAAAUGUGACAAAGGUUGUGAAGCUGGUUGGUCCACAGAACACUGCAAUAAAGUGUGCCCUAGCGGAACAUACGGGGUGGAAUGUAAAUUUCAAUGUGGUCAGUGUAGAGAUGGUGUGGCCUGUCAUCACGUGUCAGGAACCUGUGUCAGUGGAUGUGAGCCAGGGUACACGGGUCAGGCUUGUAAGAAUGUUUGUCCUUACGGCCAAUACGGAGAUAAAUGUGAGAAAUUUUGUGGAGCGGAUGCUAAGUGUAACCCUGUUACUGGCGAAUGUUGUGGUUGUACCGAGCUGCUUAAGUCAGUUAAGGAGAAAGAUGCAAAUCUUGACCACGAGGAGAAAGUUGUCAUCGGACUGGCCGUCCCCCUAGGAGUGUCACUUCUGGUAAACUGUAUUCUGUGUUCCGCCACCUGUUACUUCUACAUCAUUUACAAGGAGGAAAUCGUCAAGAAAAGGGAUGAAAGGGACGAAAAGAAUGAACACUUUCUAAAUUAAGUAUGAACAUAGAGUUUAAUUUGGCAUAAAAAUACCUCAGUCUCAGAUAAAUUAUUACCACAUGCUGGUUUUUCAUCAGGUAAUGAAUAAGCACUAUCCUUAGGAAUUAUGCUUAAAAUUUCUUUUGAUUCCAAUCAUAUUCAUCAUAUGCUAAAAAUUAUUAUUUCUAUACUCGACUUAGUAUUGUAAAGCUCAAUUACAAUAGUUCAUUGUUAUUCAACAUUGGUUUAUUUUACAAUUACAGACCCCUUCUGUCAAAUCAUGUUUAAAGUAUGCCUUUGUUUGGUUAUUUACAAAGAUUGUAAUGGCUAGGAUGCAUUGAUAGAAGCAUUGUGCAAUAUUGAUAAAAAAAGAAUUGAAACAAAUUUUGUUUCGCAUAGCCAUGCUUUAUUCAGCAUCAUUUUUAAGGCACAGAAUUUUUUUUGCUAUUUUCAUGGUUUAAUAUAAAUGUGAAACAUACAUGAUAGUGUAUAAAGAUAGAAUACUAGUAUCAGUCUGUAGAAGGAUAGAAAUAUCCUACACCAAAAAAUGGAAGCGUGUUUACGUUUUAUUUAUUAGAUACAAAAGUAAAUACGAGCAAAAUAGGAACUAAAUAAGGACAGUGAUUGAGAAAAUUGUUUAAUAUGAAAUCUAUAUUUCAUUGGUGUUUCAAAUUUCAUAUCCAUCGCAUCAGUUCAUAUCAUUUAUAUGCAUAGUUAUAUUGUUUAUUUCUUAAAAUUGAUUUCCUCGUGACUUUCAUUAAUAUUUAUGUGAUGUGUUUAGCCACACACUAAUAAUUUACUAGUUUAUUAGUUUAUGAUGAGGUACAUUUUGUUACACAUUAUUAUUUUUUAGUUAUAUUG